GUGAAAACUUUUGGGGAUUUGGGAAACCAAGUUAACGUUUGUGUUGACAACCAUAUUGCACAAUUUACACUGAAAACUUUAGCAGAAACUGCAAUGGGAACAAAGUUGAAAUUUUUCAAACAAAAGGAAAUAGAAUAUAGACAGGCAACCAUAGACGUGGGAAAAAUAGUAGCUCAUAGAAUGUUAUGUCCCUACAUUGUUAACGAUUUUGUAAAUUUAUUUAGUUCGAAAUAUUUGAAAGAGAAGAAGGCUAUUAAAACCUUGGUUGAUUUCACGCGUAUCAUAGCAGAACGGACACAAGCAAUUGAAAAAUUUCACUACAGUCCUGAUAAUCAUGAAGUUUACAAAGGAAGAAAACGAUUGGCUAUGUUGGAUUUGCUUUGAACGGCUAAAAACGAAGAUAGGAGUAUUGAUGAUAAAGGAAUAUGUGAAGAAGUACCUUUAUGUUCGAAGGUCAUGAUACCACUGCUGCAGCUUUAAGUUUUUCGUUGAUGCUUAUAGCGUGCCACAAAAAUGUCCAAGAUUUAAUCGUUGCAGAAAUUGAGGCUGUAGCGGGAGAUCUACAUAAUAAACCAACCUUUAAUGAUCUUCAACAAAUGAAAUACUUAGAACGAGUUUUGAAGGAAGUUUUGAAGUUGUACCCAAGUGUCUCCUUCAUUUCUAGAAAACUUGGAGAAGAAUUAGUUACUGCUACUGGAUAUAAGAUACCUAAAGAUACGAUGGUCCAUUUGCAUAUUUACGAUUUGCAUCACAAUCCCGAAUUCUAUCCAGAUCCUGAAACGUUUGAUCCUGACAGAUUUUUACCAGAGAUUGCAAAAAACAGAUAUCCUUUUGCUUAUUUACCUUUUAGCGCUGGACCUAGAAACUGCAUCGGACAGAGGUUUGCCAUGUUGGAACUUAAAGCGGCCUUAUGUGGAAUAUUGUCUAAAUAUGUUCUAGAACCGGUGGAUACUCCUGACACGAUAACUGUUGUAGUGGAUGUUGUACUAAGAACUAAAGACGAAAUUAAAGUCAAAUUUUUACCUAGAUUUUAAAUGAAAGAGUUUUUCAAAAUUUAACACGUAUUUUGUGGUAAAUAAAAAACUUAUAAAAAUAAUGAUUUGAGAUUUUCUAAUAAUGAAGUGAAAAUAUGUUCUAAAUUUAAAAAAGAUUGAGAAAAUUAAUUUGGAAAGUUUUCAGAAUAUUAUAUUUUUACUGAUUGUUGUCGUAUUGUGGCGGUUGGUUGACGUUCAUUCUAGCCAA